AUGGGUACAGCUACACUCCCGUCGCGGGAACAUUCGUCCUCAUCAGCCUCCAUCAAGUACCUCAUGAGGGUCAAGCAAAGCAUGCUGCUGCUCGUCCUCGCCACCCUCACCAGUGUACAGGUCGACGGCCCCGCAGCCGACCGUGGAGCCUUCGCCAACCCGCCGCCGGACCCCGUGCAGUGCUCGUCGGGCGGCGGCGCGGCCGACUGGACCGUAUCCAGCGCCUACGGCAUGUUCCCGGACCGCUCCACGUGCCGCGCGGCCGCCGCGGCGUACCCAGCGUCGGAGGACGAGCUGGUGCGCGCCGUGGCCGCCGCCGGCGCGGCGUCCGGGACGAAGAUGAAGGUGGCCACCCGCUACUCCCAUAGCAUCCCGCCGCUGGCGUGCCCCGGUAGCGGCGACGGUGAGGGCCUCGUCAUCAGCACCAGGCGGCUCGACCGCGUCGUGUCCGUCGACCCCGCGACGGGGCACAUGACUGUGGAGAGCGGCGUCACGCUGCGGGACCUCGUCGCAGAGGCCGCCAAGUCCGGGCUCGCGCUGCCCUACGCGCCCUACUGGUGGGGGCUCACGGUCGGCGGCAUGCUCAGCACGGGCGCGCACGCAGCUCGCUCUGGGGCAACGGCAGCGCCGUGCACGAGGGUACGCCAAGGUGCGCGUGCUCAUCGCCGCCGAUCCGGAGCUGGACGCCGCGCCAAGGUCUCUCUCGGAGUCCUCGGCGUCAUCUCUCAGGUGACGCUGGCGCUACAACCUCUGUUCAAGCGUUCGGUGACGUUCACGGAGCGGGACGACGACGACCUGACGGAGCAGGUGGCCAAAUUUGGGUACCAGCACGAGUUCGCCGCCAUCUCGUGGUUCCCGGCGCACGGGAGGGUGGUGUACCGCAUUGACGACCGCCUGCCGCUGACCGCGUCCGGCGAGGGCGCCAUGGACUUCAUCAGCUUCCGCGCCACCCCGACGAUCGCGAUCCAGGCCAGCCGUCUCGCCGAGGACCUCUUCGAGCGCGCCGGCAACGGCAGCGGCAAGUGCCUGAUGUCGCGGGGGAUCCACGCGGCGCUGUCGGUGGCCGGGUACGGGCUGCAGCGGCGGAGCGGCGGGUUGUUCACGGGGUACCCGGUGGUGGGGCCGCAGCACCGGAUGGAGGCGUCGGGCGGGUGCUUGAUGGGGCCCGAGGACGCGUUGCUGACGGCGUGCCCAUGGGACCCGCGCGUGCGGGCCGGCACCUUCGUCCACCAGACCACCUUCAGCCUUCCCGUGCACCGCGCCGCGGCGUUCGUGGCGGAGGGCGUGCUGGAGGAGAUCGAGCAGAUGGGCAUCUUCAAGUACGGCGGCCUGCCUCAAUGGGGCAAGAACCGCAACCUCGCCUUCGUCGGCGCUGCGCGCAAGUACCCGGGCUUGCCGCAGUUCCUGCGCGUCAAGGACACCUACGACCCCGACGGCCUCUUCUCCGGCGACUGGAGCGACAUGAUGCUCGGCAUCGGCGGGAGGUCGCCGACGACGGACGCGCCCGGGUGCGCGCUCAAAGGGAUGUGCGUGUUCUCGCGAGACGAGCACUGCGCGCCGGAGCAGGGCUACGUCUAA